AUGAAGAUCAAUAAAGUUAUUUUUGUUAUAGUAAUUACCACAUGUGUCAUAAACGGCCUGCCAGUGCAAGAUAAAAAUGAACCUGAAAAGCCUUCUGAGCCAGCCCAAGAUCAAAAGAAGUCGCCCGUAAAUAGCACAGAUGAAGUUAUUCUUAUACCUAUCAAUCUUCAAGAACUCAAAUCAGAUCCUGAGGCAAUAGUCAAGGAAGUUAAGGAUAUUCUUAAUUUUAUGAAGAGUAAGAAGGACAAUACGAACAACCCUAAUUCCUCUACAACUGAGGCAUCUUCUAAACCUAGUGUUGCUACAACUAAUAAGUCUUCUGAUAAACCAUCGAAUGAUACCACUACAACUGCUAAACCAUCGGACAAACCGUCUAGUGAUGCAACCACCACUGCCAAGUCGAAUAAGUCAUCCAGCGAUGCCACUACCACUUCUAAACCAUCAGAAAAACCAUCGAAUGAUGCAUCCACUGUUAAACCUUCGGAUAAGCCAUCAAAUGAUGCCACAACCACCUCCAACCCAUCUGACAAACCAUCAAGUGACGAAACCACUACUGCUGCGCCGUCAGAUAAACCAAAAAGCGAUGCCAGUUCAACUGCCAAUCCUUCAGAUAAAUCAUCAAACGAUACUACUACAACUGCCAAGCUUUCAGAUAAAUCUUCAAAUGAUGCUACCACACCGGCCAAGGCGUCCGAUAAGCCAUCAAGUGACGCAACAACGACACCUAAGUCUUCAGAUAAACCUUCUAAUGAUAGUACUUCAACUGCUAAGCCAGCAAAUGAAUCUUCAAGUGAUGCUAAAACUACUGCCAAGUCUUCAGAAAAAGCGACAAGCGAUGCUACUACAACUAACGACACUAAUACUACCGCUAAGCCAUCAGACAAGAAAUUAGAGGAUUCUACCACGAAGGGUCCAAAUAAAGACAAAGAUGAUUUAGAAAAAGAAAAAGAUGUCGCACGUGAUAGUGCAACGCAAAAUCCAGAAAAAGACUCCAAAAAUUCUACAACAAAGGCACCUCAAAAUAUUAUUAACGAAAAUUGUUAUUACUGUAUAAACGAAUAUUUCUUUGAUAAACCAGCGCCUAAGCACUAA